AUGGAUAAAGAAACUGAGGAAGCAUCACUCACAACCUUGUUUGAUAGUCCUAAACCCUAUUCUAUGUGCUUGAAAGAAAGCUCUCCAUCAGAAGAUAUGGCACAUGGGUUCUUUGAGCACAUACACAGUAUUUUAGUUCUGAACCUAUCUCAUACAAAGAUAGAGUUCUUACCGGAGUCAAUUUCCAACUUGAAGAACCUACAGGAACUACUAUUUCGUCACUGUGAGAGACUAAAGAUGGUCCCUUCACUAGCAAAGCUCAAAAAACUAAGAGUGCUGGACCUCUCUCAUACCAUUAUCAAAGAAUUGCCGCAAGGGAUGGAUGAGUUGGUUAACCUAAGACGCCUUGACCUCUCUUACACAAGGAAUUUGCAAACAUAUCCAGGUGGGGUGCUGCAGAAGCUCCCUCUACUUGAAGACCUCUUGAUGUUUGAGAGCAGAUGUAGUUGGACAUUGAACUUGUCAGAUGGGUUGGCAGGAGCGGACAUCAACGAGAUCACAAGUGCCACACACUUGGCUAAUCUUUCCAUACACUUUGUGGAUUUGCCCAGUUUUAUUUUCUAUGUGAAAUCCCGGCAUUGGCAAAGGCUGAAAAGCUUCCGUUAUGAUAUAGGGAGGGUGCCGAAUUGUCUACCCUUGGCUUCUUUUAGGUGGAAAUACAGUGUACAGAUCCUCGGCUGUGAUCUCAUUGAUGAAAAGGACUCCCUUCUGCUCCCUUCUUUUACUCUUGAGCUGGUCAUUAAGAACUGUCGCGGUAUCAGCUGCUUGUCGGAGAUGCAAUGUAUAUCACAGUUGUGGAACUUGAAAGAAUGUAGCGUGGUUGAUUGUGAUACGAUGGAAUGCAUUUUGAUGGUGGAGAAUAACAUAUUGCCUGAUAUGGAGGAGUUGAUACUUUAUAACCUUCCCAAUUUAGGAACCCUCCACAGAGGUGUCCCGCAGUUUGAUACCCUUUCAAGCCUUAAAAGUGUGACCGUCGAACAUUGUCAUAGUCUCAAGUAUUUAUUUGCCUUUGUGUUGUUCCAACAUCUCAGAAAUCUUGAAUAUGUUAGACUUUGGAUGUGUGAUCAGAUUGAGGAGAUUGUAGUAGAAGAUGAAGGGAUGGCAGAUAGGGACCGCAGUAACACCAUCACACUCCCAAGGUUAAAAGAACUAUGGUUGGGAUUUUUAGGUGAAUUGAGAAGCAUUUCAAAGAUGGCAGUGGUGUGUGAUUCUCUUGUCACUAUAGUGGUAGUGAACUGUCCGAAACUGAAGAAGCUUCCUCUCUCUGUUGGCAAUGCUCAGCACCUUUUGGCAGUGCCAGCAACAGGUGGCCAAGCACCGACUGAACGAAGCUGGUCCCCAGAUACACCGCCGGCCCACGAGGAAAGGCAACAGGCUAAGUCAUUCUCCUUCAUGUCAGUAUCCUCCUCGAGAAAGCGGUCAGCAUGGAACUUUAAUGGAUCGGAUCGUGGAUGA